AAAAAAAAGACAAUUACUUACAAUUAACUCACAUUUGAAUAAGUGACCAGGGUAAAAGAUUAUCUGAUUGAGCAAUGAACUUUCAUCGAGCAACAAGUUGUACUUUAUUCUUGUUGACAAUUAUUUUCCUGGAUUCAGUGCCAAUUAUAAUCAGCGAAACACCAACUUACCUAAAGAAUAGUGUUCCAGGCAAAGCCUCUACAAUUAUACAUGAAACUCAACGAGUAAAUAUUGUUGAAAUAAUUUUCGUACUAUUGAAAGACAUUGUCAAUGCGAUUAUCAAUAUAAUAACAGACAAUUUGCUUGGUAAAAUUGAUGUUAAUUCAAUGAAUUCAAUUACAACCAUGAUCAAUGAAACAUUAACAGUUCUAAUGAAUAGUGUACCAAUUACAGUUCUGGAAACUUUUCGACAAUCUCUUCCCGAUGCAUCUGAAGUCACGAAUCAAGUUUUACAAGAAACGGUCGAUGGGCUUAUCGAGACGAUUAAGAACAUUCCAAUAGGAGAUAUAACUUCGAGUUCAUCAGCUGAUUUUCUCAAUGAAAGUAACCAUCUAUUGUAAAAAAAAUUUUCUCGUGCGUUGAAUUUUUCUAAAUUUUAAGCACCAAAAUUAAACUGUUGUUACAAAAGAAAAAAAAAUUCUACUCCAAUUUUAAUUCGUUUUUCUAUUGGUAGAUGUCACCAUUAGAUUUCGACAAUGAGAUGAGUUUUAUUUUUUGCGAAAAUUGUUUACUCUAAUUUUGUGUCUCCGAGAUUUUCUAGUUUGUAACAAUUUAAGUUUAAUGUUUAAAGUGAUUGUUCAAUUGUAUGUUAAGAACUUAAAAUGAUGAGAUCGUAUUUAAAUUCAGGGCAAAAGGUUGAAGCAAAGUGUCCACUUGAUCCAACAGCGAUUGUCCCUAAAGCGGAAAUAACAAUCAAACGAUUAACUGACCAUGAGAUGAAUGAAUUUACCCAACCCAAGAUAAGAAUAAUUUCAAUUGAACUUCUUGAAAUGGAUCUUGGUGAAUACGAUGAGAUGAAAAGUUCAUUCAAUGUUCAUGGAGAUAAUUUGGAAACUUUAGAUUCUCAAUUAUCUCAAAGUAAAUUGAGAAAAUCAAAACGUAAACAUUAUCCCUUUUCACCAGCAAUUAAGCUCAUCAAAUAUUCAUCGCUAUCGAAAAGGACAAACGGUUGACAAUUAACUCUCCAACAAUCCAACGUAAUUGUUUCUCGUAUUUUAAAUCUAAAUUGUGAUUAAAACAUUAUAAACUCGUCUAAUUAAUGGAAUGAAAUUUAACAAUAAAGAAAGUUAAUGACCAACAAUUGAAUUAGAAUUGAAAAUCUGAAGAGAAAAAAUUUUACCUCGAAUUUAGUUUGUUUUCUAUUCGCUAGAUGGCGACACUUUUUUCUUCUCCAAAAUCUCAUGUGUUUGUUUUGAUUUUUUCCUCAAGUGAUUUAUUGAUUUAGCUUUUUGAUUCUUUCAAUUGUUCAAUUGUUUUUGCUUUAAUUUGUGGCUGCCAUUAGUUGAUUUCCAAAUCAAUUAACAAGGAAGUAGUUCAAUGUACCUAAAGUUUAGUGAUGUAAUUUAACUGUCAUUGUUGUUAUUUUAAUUUUCUCCCAAUUCUUGACCAUUGGGAAUUUUUUUAUUCA